GGGCUGAGGCGGGGGCGGCCGUGCAGGGCCGGAGCCGGCCGUGAGGGGCCGGAGCCAUGCAGGCCUUCCUCAAAGGUCCCUCUGCCAUCAGCACCAAGCCCCCCGCUGCUAAGGAGAAGGGCGCGGCGGGGAGCAGCGGGGAGGGCAAGAGGCCCAAACCCAUUCCCUGGGUGGAGAAAUAUCGCCCCAGAAACGUGGAUGAAGUCGCCUUCCAGGAUGAAGUUGUUGCUGUGCUGAAAAAGUCCUUGGAAGGUGCUGAUCUUCCCAACCUGUUGUUCUAUGGCCCACCUGGAACUGGGAAGACUUCCACGAUUCUGGCAGCAGCCAGAGAGCUCUAUGGGCCUGAAUUAUUCCGGCAGAGAGUCCUUGAGUUAAAUGCUUCUGAUGAGCGUGGGAUACAGGUGAUUCGGGAGAAAGUGAAGGCUUUUGCUCAGCUCACUGCGUCUGGAACCCGCUCGGAUGGUAAGGUUUGUCCUCCUUUUAAAAUUGUAAUCCUGGAUGAAGCAGACUCCAUGACUUCAGCAGCCCAGGCAGCCUUAAGACGCACAAUGGAGAAAGAAUCAAAAACAACACGUUUCUGCCUCAUUUGUAACUAUAUCAGCAGAAUAAUUGAGCCUUUAACAUCUCGAUGCUCCAAAUUCCGCUUUAAGCCUUUGUCAGACAAAAUCCAACAGCAGAGGCUACUGGAGGUGUCUGAGAAGGAACACGUGAAAAUCAGUAAUGAGGCAGUAUCUUACCUUGUUAAAGUGUCAGAGGGGGACUUAAGAAAAGCAAUUACUUUCCUUCAAAGUGCCACUCGGCUCAUGGGCGGGCAGGAGAUCACGGAGAAGAUAGUGAUGGAGAUCGCUGGGGUCAUCCCCAAAGAAACAAUUGCUGAGCUGCUGUCUGUCUGCCAGAGCGGGUCAUUCGAGAAACUGGAAACACUGGCCAAGAACCUCAUCAACGAGGGGUAUGCUGUAGCUCAGCUCGUCAGCCAGCUGCACGACGCCGUCGUUGAGAGCGGAGAUUUCAGCGACAGGCAGAAAUCUGCCAUCACAGAGAAGCUGGGGGAAGUGGACAAGUGCUUGGCCGACGGUGCUGACGAGUUCCUGCAGCUGGUGAGUCUGUGUGCCCUGGUGAUGCAGCAGCUGACACACAACGAGUGAGGGGCUGUGCAGGGACAGCGCUGUCCUACGGCUUUUUGUAAUAAAAGCACUGCUGGGCAGUGGGAAAAGCU